CAUCGAGUACUCAGUUCGGUGGCAACUAGCUCACAGAUUUUGAUUGCUUUUUGGAUUCCGAGAUCUAGACCGAGAUGUGGCGCCUGCACCUGUUCCUUGUGGUCAGCACUUGCUUCUACAUACCACACGAUGCCAAGCCAACGAAGCGCUCCACCAUCCUGGACAAGGGAGCGCCAUUCGCCUCCUCAACGCCCGCUUCACUGACCACCCUCGUCCUGGAUGUGAUGGCCGCCAGCUCCUCCACUGCUGCGACGACGACCAUGCUUUUCUCGACCACAACGGAGACGGCGCCGAGGACACAAAGGGUGACGAAUAUUGGACGUCUGGCGGCCAAGGAUCUGGCCGAUUUACUCCUGGCUAGCAUGCAGGCCCGUGGCACCAAGCUGACUCCCGCACAGGAGGCCACCAUGAAGACCCUGCGCACCCCCGACGCCAAGGACUCGAAGGCCAAUACGGUGCUCCUUAACCUGGGCAUGGAUGUGAUUAUUGAAAUCCUGAUUGGAACCCGCCAGGAGGCUACAUGUGGCCGCGUCAUCCGGGAUAUCGAAAAGUCGCAGGAUAGGAACAGUCUGACUCUGACCCUGAGGUCCUUCCUGGCCCUGUGCACGUUCAAUGGCAUCGAGUGCUCCGCCGAUGAGGUCGUCCAGGUGAUCAAGGGCAGUCAGACCCGCCAGCGCCAGCAGGCCAAGGCUAUGGAGGAGCAGGCCGAGGGCUCCGGCAUCAGAACCGCCCGUCGUGUGGGCGAGGUCAAGGAUGACCGCGAAUCGGUGCUCAGUUUCCUCCGGGAACGCAACCUGGCCGAACAUAGUGCCAUUCUGAAUACCCUGCUGCAGGUGUGCGGAGCUUCUGGCGGAGAAUCCCAUAAAAUCAUCAGGAAUCUGAGGGAAAUGAGUCCCGACAGUCUCAGCCUGGUCCAGGUCAACGCCUUCAGUUUGCUAUCCGUAUCCCUGCUGGACAGUCUGACCACCAUCGCCGAGGGCAAGCCCAGUGGCCUGUGCGCCGCCACCACCGACAGCUGGAUCGUUCGCCUCCUCUCCAUGGGUGUGGCCAAGUCGGUGCUCCUGGGACUGAUGACUGCCCUGGAUCGCACCAUUACUGCUCCCAAUACCAUGGAUCAGAUCGCCAAUGCCGCCGCCCUCAACAGUGCCGACAUUACGGACUCCAAACCCUUGAUAAACUCGAAGACAUUCACGGCCGCCAAACGUCCCAGCCGAUCUGGAAAUACUAUCGAUGCUGGAACUCAGAGCUUGCUGGAUGGUGUUGCCCAACAGAACAACUUCUUGGCGGGCGUGGAUCUUCCUGCCGCAGUCCUACUCCAAGCCGCCACCAAUGCUGCCAAGUCUGGCAAUGUUAUCAACGUGGCCGACAGUAAUGUGCUCAAGGGCACAGCCAACCAGCAGAAUGAUGUGGCUGAUCUUCUCGUGGCUCCGGCAGUAAACCCGAUUCUCCUGAGCCAGAUUCCAGGUGGCUUGGAGGGCAACAUUGUCAAGACGGGCAGUGGCACGAAGAUCAUUGGCAACAAUAAUGUGAGGAAUGCCCUGGUGACUGGACAAGUUGCGGCGGCGGUUCAGGCCGUUGCGGCAUCUACGGCUGAUGGAACAGCUAGCUCACCAUCCAGCUCCACGGGUUCUUCCGGCUCCAGCUCUAGCUCUAGCUCCUCUGGAACGCCCAGCUCGUCUACAGGAUCUUCGGGCACUUCCAGCUCCUCUGGAACACCCAGUUCUUCAACAACUCUUGUACAAAAUGCUGGCAACGUAAUCAACGAAGGCACUGGCAACAAUAUCAAGGAUCUGAUACCUCUGAGCCUUCCAGCUGGUCUCAACCUUCCGCUCCUUAGCGAGGUUCUCCCAGGAACUCCCGCUGGCAACUCUCUAACCCAGGGACCCACCGCCGUUGUCAAGGGAAAUAAUAAUACCGUGGAGCGCGUUAUUGCCGCCGAUGUGCCAGUCCAGCUCUUCCUGCUCGUGAUCAGCGAGGUUCUCGGAGUUCCAGUACAAAAUAUCAUUAAGAAGGACUCUGAUGUGGUCAUAGAUGGCAACAACAACCACGUCUUCACCCUGGUGAAGGCCCAGGUCAUCGUCCAGGGUCUGGUGGCGGUUUUGAACAGUUUCAGCAACGGCACCACCGGAAACGGCCUGCUCUCCACCCUGAACGGCCUGGUCCUGACCAAUCUGGGCAACCUGCUCGGUUCGAUUUUGGGUGGAAACACAAGCAGCACCUCCAAGAGCGGAACUGGCGGACUAAUCAGCGGCCUCCUGGGCGGACUAUUGAACAGUAACGGACUGGUCGGCGGCGUAGGUGGUCUGCUGGGCGUGGUGCUGGGCAUUGUAAGGCCUCUGCUGUCCGGUGUCCUCAAGGGAGUCGGUGGCCUGCUUGGCGGUCUCCUUGGCAGUGGCAGUCCUGUGGGAGGACUGCUUGGCGGCGUUCUCGGCGGCUCCAGUGCCUCGAGCACUGGACUUCUUGGCGGCAUCCUGGGCAGUGCCGGCGGAACUGGGGGCAUUCUUGGAGGAUUGCUUGACAACGUUGGAACAACAGCUGGUUCUUCCAGUUCUGGUAGCUCCUCCUCUGGCACUACCACUUCGAAUGGCACCUUUGCCGGAAACUCCCUUUCCCAGGACCCUCAUGUCUUCAUUCAGGGUAAUGACAAUGUCUUCGCCACUCUGGUAGAUCUCAACGGCAAUGUCCUGGCCCAAAUCCCCAUUCUCUCCGACCUGAUCGGUAUCCUGGGACUCGGCAACAUUGUUCGCUCUGGUCCUAAGAUGAUUAUCGUGGGAAAUAACAACAAGGUCACCCGUUUGAUAAAUCUGGACAUAACUGCACUGCUCUUCCUCGACGUCCUCAACAUCCUCCAGGGCAGCGGUGGCGUUUGCAACAUCAUUGAUGAGGGUCCUGGCACCAAAAUUGUGGGCGACAACAACGAGGUUUUCCAACUGAUCGACCUGGACCUGAGUAUUUUGCUCAGUGUAGAUGUUUUGAGCCAGCUGAUUAGCACUUUGGCCAAUGAUUGCGGCAGCACCACUACAACCACAACAACAACUACUGCGACACCACCCACUCCUUCGCCACCCACGCCAUCGCCACCCACUCCUUCGCCACCCACUGCUGAGCCGCCAACUGAGCCGCCUUAUGGGCCACCAACUAAUGAGCCACCCACCAAUGAGCCACCCACCAAUCCUCCACCCACACAGCAGCCUCCUACAAAUCAGCCACCCACCAAUCAGCCACCCACCAACCAGCCUCCCACUAACCAGCCACCCACCAAUCAACCACCCACCAGUCGGCCUCCCUCCCCCAGUCCCAACAACUGCUACCGCAGAUACUGCCGGAAGUGGAGGACCCGCCCCAGCUACCUCUGCUACAAGCACUGCGGCGGCGACUACACCUACAGGCCCAACUAAGACUGCAGUCCGCCGGAGAGAAGGAGAAUCGCGCCGCUGGAAGGACCGCCAGAAGCACUACAGCUAUUCGACCUUGUUAUGCAUGGCCUUGCCACCCACUUUGCCAUUGGCCGUUUAUUUAUUUUGUUUACUUUCUAAGCCAAAAGUUGUUUAAUU